ACCGACGUCCUGCAGCCUGACAAUGACGUCAUCGGGAAUUUUUCUUCGUCUGCAUAUCGCUCGUGCGCACUACGUAAUGGUACAAGAAUAACGAGUCGCGUCAUCUACAACAAACGUGGUUGAUCGACCAGGAAGGGAGGGAGAACUGCAAGAUUUCAAGAUCGGAAGUUAUUUUUGAAAAGUGAGUUGAGCGCAAGUUCCCCGAUAGCAAAGCAUCAUGGGAGACAGUGGCAAGCCGUUUGCCUGUACGGAAAUAGGAUGUAACCAGCGCUUUGUGAAUGAAGAUCACUUGGAAGUGCACAGGAGGAAACAUGAGAUGUCGCUGGGCCUGCGAGACCUGAAGUCCUUGGACACACCAGUUAUUGCGGACCAGACACCGACCCCGACGCGUUUUCUGAAGAAUUGCGUAGAAGAGGGUCUCUUCAACGAACACCCGAAUCCCUUUGAUGCUCUGUUCCGCAGAGCCAGCACCUUUAGACCUGCGGAUGCCGCUGAAACUUCCGCCAAAGGCACAGCUGAGGACACCCCUCUGGACAUCAGCGAUCGGGUCGUGGAGAUAGACAGCAGUGACAACGAGCAGUCACUGGAGGAUCCUUCCUCUCAGCAAGCCGUGUCGUUGACUAUGGGAGAGGAAACCCACCAGCGACAGCGGCAGCAGUCGGAGGAAUCCCUGGGCAUCGAAGACUUGCCGGGGGCGAGCCAGGUGGUUGAGGUGUCCACCAUCUCUCCCACGGCUGCUCAAGAAGUGUUGCCGGUCUUCCAACAAGCUCAAGCCACGGUUGUCCAGACAAUGGCUCCAAUGGUUCAGAACAGGGUCCCGAUCCAUCAGACGAUUCAACUGGACCGGAACACCAUCCCCAUCUCAGGCCCGAUCCUCCUGCGCCUGCCCACCGGCCAGACCAUCCCCAUGGUGCCUCCUUCUGUGGCCAACCCCCAGGCGCCCAUCCCAGUGGCCAUCUCAGCAGUACCCCAGGUCUCGGUGGUCGUCACGGGGGCGAUGCAGACUGUACCGCUGGAUUCCAAAUCCGUUAAACAGAAACUGAAGAACAACUUACUGGCCAACCAAUCACAGGGCAACAUGGGGGUCAUGACCCAAGCGGUGGACGUGGUUACCAGGCAACAGGGCCUGUCCAACCCAAACUUGGCCGAGGUUGCUCAAGACCUAUCCUCGCCCGAGAGCCAAAUCAAAAGAAGGCGGCGGAAUUCAGACAUGUCCGAGGAUGAAAAGAGAGAGAAGUUUCUGGAGCGCAACCGCGCUGCGGCGACGCGAUGCCGGAACAAACGCAAAAUGUGGGUCAAUAACUUGGAGCAGAAAGCCGAUGAAUACAAGAGCACAAACAGCGUAUUGAUGAAUGAAGUCACCAAGCUGAGAGAUGAGGUGGCGUCCUUGAAGCAGCUCCUCCUAGCCCACAACGACUGCCCCGUCACCAUCCAGCAGCGCCAGACUGGUGGUAACCUUUUUGCAGCUUUGGACAUGCAGAAGAAGGACCCAUCAGUGGGCGGGGACAGCCAUCAAUCACCGCAGCCGGAAGAGGCCAACGCCCUCCCAAGGUGACCUGACCAGACCCAAUGCCGAGUCGUGAUUGGCUGAGAAUGUUGUCUAUGUGUGAUUGCAAUUUGCAUAUUUUGACAAGCUGGGGCGUGUUUUCGCGACCGCGACCAGAAACAUGUGUGUGACGCCAAAUGGAUAACCAGAAACAUGUUUACACAUGUGCACAAAAACGCUGAACCAAAAAAAAACAGUGUCAAAAAGUUGUAAACAAACAUGGCGGACAUUUGGACAACAUCGAUAAUUUUUAGGUGUUUGUGGCCAGUCCCGGCGAAAUUCGGGAUAAUACUUUGUGGGCUUGUAAGUUGUAUAGACAUUUUAUUACAGGCCACUUAAAAUGUACAAACUUACGAUGUAAGUAAAAAUAAGGCAUUACAAGCUUAUUUCCUCCAACACUGUUUUGUUACAUGUCGUGCAUUUAUCUUUCCGCCAUCUUGAAAUGCACUCCGUAACCGACCCUUGGUUUUGGUCGGAACAGUGACGUCACUCCGGCCAAACGAAGUCACGAAAACGCUCAACCAAUGACCAAAGCCGAGACAUGUUUCUGGUCGCGAAAACACGCCCUGGCUUUAGAAUGAGAGAGAAUGGAAAAUUCCAAUAAGCCCCUCCCACCGUGGUCACCUGUCCAAAAGUCUAGAUUUAAUUGGUCAAUGGGCACUCUGAUUGACAGACAGGAAGGGUCCAUUCUCUUCAAGUCCUCAACCUCAAUGACAAGGGGAUUUUUACUUUUGGAAAAAAAAUCAGUCUUCGAACUCUUUCAAUAUCUGCAGAUGGCAAUCAACAAUCACACGAGUCCAACUUCAACUGAGAUUCGCAGCACAUCUUAGACUUUCUUUAAGACAUUUUAUGUAUAGUAUUUAAAUCAAAUUAUAAAAAAAACAGAGACAACACUUCUGCUUUAGUGGUUGUAAGAAACUCGCAAGUUUUAUUUUGUAAUAUUGUAGAAAAAAAGAGAAAUUUGGAUAUUGGACGGUUAUUUUUUAAAAAGAUUUCAUGUUGGACAUUUUUUGCACAGUUACUGUUUCUAUCAUUUGUAUAGGAAUUAGUUUUAAAGUUUAACUUCCAGUUGUUGGGUAAAAAAAGUUUGCUUUAGUUGGUAGAAUCUUGUUCGCAUGAUUCAAAACUAGAUUUUGAAAGUGUGUCUGGUGGAUACUGAAAUUCCAUGUGUAUAAAAUCAACAAAAGAUACUAAAAAUGCUCCAAAGGAAUUUGAGUUAGCCCAAACCUGACAUACUAGUCUGGUUCCUAGCCCAAACAAAUUCUGACUAUUUCUGACAAAUCUUAGGUCAGGUACAUGUAGCUGCUAUGGCUAAAAUAAACAUGGCAAAAAAUGUCGGAAGUUGACUGAUAUGUUUGCAAUAGCUCGGAUACUUCCGGGAGAAAAACAGUUUUUAAAUACAUACCCGAAGCCACGUGAAAUGGUGAUUCAACAAGGGACUUUUUUUCCGAGCUGCAUAUGCGUCCGUUUGCGUACCAUUUUUAAUGGUUCCUAGUGUGACAGUUAAUACCUGACCUAAGACUUGUCAGAAUAGACCACUCUCAUUAGAAAGCCAUCUUUGUAGGAACAUUACAACCGCGUAUUCAACGCCAUCAGAUGCGUGUACUCGCAGUGUGCUAAAAUGUUCUAAACACGCCCGCAUGUUGCUUGAAAUUUCUUUGAAAUAUGGCGCAGCCAAUGCGUAACACGAAAAUUCAACUCCAAAAAUGCUGAUGCGCGUGGUAAUCUGCAGGCAGUGAUGUCAUUCGAGAGAAAUCUAUAGUCUGAUUAGGUUGGUCUCGGAACCAGACUAUUACUGUACCAGCGCUGUGCAAAGAGCUAUCCAGCCUUUUGUUGUGUGUACCGUUCUGCUUAGUCCAUCAUCUGUGCCUGACACGAUUUUAUGCGGGGUAAAAAAGCGUGACAUCACACCAAUAAUUAUAAGAGCAUUGAGGUUUUGUUUUAACUGCUACCGGUACUUUGGGAUCACACACAUAGACAAAGGAAAAUGCUCUGGUCAAGUGUUGGUGACAGGUUUUUUUUUUUCAUGGACUUUUUUAUGCAUAUAAAAAAUUGUAUUACCAAAGUGAAAAACAUUUAAAAUAUAUAUGGAAUGUGUAUGUACAUUGUAGAAUUGAGGUGUAAAAUAGAAAAAAGGUACUUUAAACUCAUGAGGUGUGUACACUGUAAUGAUACUGCACCUAAUUUUUGCAUGUCCUAUUUUGGUUUUCGUUGCCUUUUGUUUUGGUUUUUGGUUUUUGGUUAAAAAAACGUGAGAAUACAUACUUUCGUUUUGCGUGUUAAAUCUCAUUUACUUUUUCCAUUUAUGAGUUACAUAUGGUUUUAAAUUGUAUAUAGACAAUCAGUUCACAGAAUACUGUGUUUGCGUAUACUGGCAGGUUUUUUCUCUUCAAAACAUGUGUUUUUAUGUUAGAGGCGCUGUCAUUAUUAUGCAUCAUUUUCAAGUUAUUUGUAAGAGUGGUUUUGUCGGCAAAGAAAUGUGACAACUGAAGAUAGUUAUUUGUAGUAUAUUUUAUUUAUUGUAGAUUUUGUUUGGUUUGGUUUGGUUUGGUUUUCAACAAAAAUUCAAUUGGAAUCAUCUCUAUUUCUGUAAAAUCAUGCAAAGUGUACAUUUUUUUUCUACAUUUUAACUGUUGUGAACAAGAAGGAAUUUUGUCAUUUAUGCGACAAUAAAGCUCUAUCUUCAAUAAUAUGAGAAACAAA